UCCCACACUUCUCUUUCCCAAAGCUGAAAGCACCUAGAUUCUUUUCCUUCCCUAUUAUAGCCUUCGGUUCAUUCAACUUCUCUAAUGAUAUUCACUUUCCUCUGCCGUUACAGUGAACUUGAACAGUUUUAAAAUCUCUCUAUAUAUCAGCAAAUAAAAUAAUUUUCAGCCCCACCUCUCAUCUUCUAUUCUCUUGCAACUUCUCUGUUAAGCCCUAGAUUUAGAAAAUAAUAGAAUUUGAUUGAAUUUCUGGAUUCCAUUUUUAGAUCCCAGUUUUUUUUCUUAAUUAUUUUUCCCCUUUUUUGGUGGAUUGUUGGUUGAGAUUUUUGGGCUACUAUAAGAAUAAUAACAAAACCCCAGGGUUUAAGUUCAAUAUGUCAGCAGGGGUAUGCGGGAAGCGGGUGGGAUUUGAGGAAAUCUUCGGAUCCUCAUCUUCGUCGGCUAAGAGAUCCAGGUGUUCUAAUUUUCGGUCACCUACCCGAUCCCCUGAAUUUGGGUCCGGAUCCGAGGACACCGUAUUUACUUUGUUGCAAAUGUUCCCUGCUUUGGAUCCUGAGUUGGUAAAAACUGUUUACAGGAACCACAACAAUAAGAUUGAUGAUGCAAUUCAGACUUUAAUGAAAUUUUCAUUUGGUGAUGAUGUGGAUAGAAAUAAAUCACAGAGCUUUGAGUCAGCUACGAUUGGAAAUUGUGAUGCUGUUCCUGCUUUAAGCACUGCUACUUGUCAUCAAAUGUCAGAAGAAGAGGUUGAAAAUUUGAAAACGAGCAGUGAUUAUGAAAAUGUUGUAGAUGGCCCGAAGUGGGUGGAUCAAUUUGUGCAGGAGAUGAUGAAAGCAGCAGAUCUGGAUGAUGCUAGGAGACGUGCUGCUCAAGUUUUAGAAGCUUUUGAAAGAAGUAUAACUGCUCAGUCCCGGGCAACAGAACUGCCAGAGGAUGCUUCAAUGAAGGAGCAUCUUCAAAGUUUACUAAAUGAUAACCAAAUCUUGAAGAGAGCUGUUGCCAUCCAGUACGAACGUAAUGUGGAACAAGAGGAGAAGACAAGGGAAGUGCAAAACUUAAAGCUUUUGUUAAAUCAGUACCAAGAGCAAAUCCGAAGUUUAGAGCUAAACAACUAUGCAUUGAAACUUCAUCUUCAAAGGGCACAACAAAGUAGCUCUAUUCCCGGGUUCUUUAAUCCGGACAUAUGUUGAGGUUAUUUUGGUUAUCAUCAUGUAAUUUACUGUUCCUCUAUACGUGAUGUAUUCUUUUUCCCCCUCUUGUUGAGUUUUUUUUCCUCCAUUUUACUAGGAGUUAAUGAAAAAUAUUAAGUUUUACACCUGAUUGUACUAAAGUUAGAAGUUAUAUGUAUAAUUCAGGCCAAAUAAAAUUUAGCAGUUUGCUUGAA